AUUGUUGUUGAUAAUAAAUUAAUUAAAGCAGCAAAACAACCUGAAGAGCCGGUUGGGAGCCGAAAGAGCCGGUUCUCUAAAAAGAGCCGAAAUUCCCAUCACUAUUGUUCAUGUUUGGUAGUGAUGUGCGGAUCGAUACUGAAAUAUCGAUUCCUCCGAUACCAGUCAUUUAUGUUCUAGAAUUGAUUCUCAUAUUAAAAUAUUGAUAUUUUAGUAAUUUAGGGUAAAUUUGUAGUUUAUCAUUAACAGGAACACAGAGGAAAGAAACUAUAUCAUUCAGAUUGUCUACAUUGGAAGGAACUACUUAUUUUUCCGCCUUGCAUAGUCAAGUGUGAAAUACGGCUGUAUAAAUGUGUCGUAGCCGCUUGGCGUGCGCACUCACAACAAUGGCUGAGCGUAAAUGCAGUCAUGUGUGGACGUAUUUUACCUCCACAAACAGCCGAGACGUGGUUUGCGAUACAUGUGGCAAGACAGUGAGGUGUUGUGACAACACCACUAACCUCAUCAAACACCUCAGAGUAAAUCCUAUCACAGAAUAUGACGAGCUUACGUUGAGGUGAACUGAAGAGGAGGAGAGGGACAGGUGCUGCUAGGGCGAGACAGACGUCUCUCACAGAGUCCUUUAGUGCUGCAGGCAGGCAACAUGUUCAAAUAGCGCACAACUUCAGUUUUUUUAUUUCUGUAUGAUAAUUGUGCAUUAUUAAGCGAUAAGAACAAGUAAUCUGAUGCCCUUUAAUCAUUAUGAAGCUGUAAUUUGAGAUACAAUAAAAGAUACAAUAAGUAAAAUAAAUUUUUGUACAAAGUAUCGGUAUCGGAUCAGUAUCGUCGUUACCACCCUGAAUUUGACUUGGUAUCGGAUCGGAAAGGAAAUCAGUGGUAUCGCACAUCACUAAUGUUUGGACUUCUUCUGUGUUCUAAACGCGCAUAUCAGCCCGUGCAUGAUUACAUUGCUCCGCCCUUCAAAAAAAGUUUGUGCAUGCAUGAAUAUAUCGCCUAUCGCCGUUACUGGACUGACAAUUGUUGGUUGUUUACAUAUCUCCCAAUCUUACUGUCCAUGUCUGUUUUAGUUGAGAUUACACAGUAUGCUGUAAUACCCUUCCAAGUCCAUUGUCUAAAGACCCUGUCCAAAUGUGCUGGUGUACAGUCUGUAUCAUAUCCUACCCGUCUUAGUGUUAGCAAAUUGAAUAUUGUACUUUGUUUAAUCCAGAUAUUUAAAGCUACUUCACAACCCAACAUUGAAGCUGUGCCGCAUUGUAAUAGUCCUCCAAGCUAGAACACAGUAUGGCAUCUGGAUCUUCUAACGGAGUCCUGCGACCCCUUCUCCUCAGUAUACUUGUACUGGGAGUCUUCGUGACUGUGUUUCUGAUGUAUUUUAAACCUGAUAAAAGCUGGUUCUGUCCUGUAGAGUCAGUGUCAGAUCAGGUGAAGAACCUCAUCUCCACCAAGAGUGAUAAGAAUGCCACCAUUGUGCUGAUCUGGCUCUGGUCCUUAGGCAGUAAGUUUGACUUCAGCGUCUGCAGCUCUCUCUUUGAAAUUGAUAAUUGCUUCAUCACAGCAGACAGGAACCUCUACAGUAAGUCACAUGGGGUCAUCAUCAAUCACAGAGACAUCAGUGGUGACCUGUCCAAUCUGCCACAGUUGCAGCGGCCAUCUUUCCAGAAGUGGAUAUGGAUGAACUUUGAGUCACCAACACAUUCAUCCAAGCUGUCUGGGAUACAGAAGCUGUUCAAUCUGACUCUCAACUACCGUCAGGAUGCAAACAUUGGAGUGCCUUCUGGGACUAUCGUACCAGCAGAGGGCGAGGAGAAUUUUGUACCACCCAGUAAAAACAAGCUGGUCUGCUGGAUAGUGAGCAACUGGAACCCACAGCACGACCGUGUGAAAUAUUUCAAUGAGCUGCAGAAACAUGUUAAGGUCCAUGCAUAUGGACGAGCCUUUGGAAAGUACAUUUCUGACAAUGACCUCAUUCCCACCAUCACCAGCUGCAAGUUCUAUCUGUCCUUUGAGAACUCCGUCCACAAGGAUUACAUUACUGAGAAACUAUUCAACCCACUCUCAGUAGGAACAGUGCCAGUGGUUCUGGGCCCGACCAGGCAGAACUAUGAGAACUUUAUCCAGGGAGACGCCUUCAUUCAUGUCGAUGACUUCAGCUCACCCAAGGACCUGGCUGAUUACCUGCUGCUUCUGGACAAGAAUGAGGAAAUGUACCUCAGGUACUUUGAGUGGAGGCGACAUUUUAAAGCAAGGAAGGUCCAAUUUCCGGUAGAACAUGCAUGCCUGACUUGUGAUUAUUUGCGUAGGCACAAAGAAUACAAGGAAUUCAAUGACCUUGAUAAGUGGUUCUGGGGCAGCUAGAGAUUUGAAGGGUUAGGAAUAAAAUGAUUAAGUAAAUCUGUUUUUGUGAGGUUUUUUUUUUUUUGACCAAGUCUUCCAAGUCCUCCCAUGCCACACCUCUGCUGAUCCAGCUGCACUGGCUCCGCAUAUAAUUCAGAGUGCAGUUUAAGAUUAUGAUUUUGACAUUUAGGGCUCUGCAUGGACAAGCGCCAACAUACAUCAGUGAUCUUUUACAUCCUUACAUCCCCAGCAGGUCCCUGAGGUCAUGUGAUCAGGGCUUGCUUGCUGUCCAUAACACGAGGCUGAAAACAAAAGGUGGCAGAGCUUUAGUAACUGUGGCCCCCAGACUGUGGAAGUCUCUUCCAUUGAGCUUGAGAUCUGUGGACUCUGUGGUCUCUUUUAAAAAACAGCUAAAAACUCAUCUUUUGAACUUGCUUUUGGUUGAUUUUUGUUUUUAUGUUUUAGCUCCUGUGAAGCACUUUGUGAUUUAAUCUUGAA